CAUGUUGUCACUCUUGGGGUGGGUUGUAUAUUAAGAGCUGGUGGUGAACAUGAAUGUGAAUGCGAAUGCCCAUAUACUAAUUGAAAGCACCCUUCUUGCCUCCUUACUGAGCAAUCACUCCCCAUAAUCAACCACCUCGACAUCCGAACCCACGAGCCACGGCGUAAUUCCUAUGGCAGAAAGAUGUCAGCGCCCAACCUCUACCACACCUUACUACGUCCUCCAGUUAUUCAGAUACUUCGCGCUGCAGGCUUCCAUUCCGCGAGUCCUGCCGUCAUUGACACCGUCACUGAUCUGGCCGCUCGCUAUCUGAUUCUCCUCGUCUCGCUCACCAGCGACCAUGCCAACAACAGCCACGAUGAAAUCCCCAUUCCAAACCUCCACGACGUUAUCAUGGCUUUGCAGGAUGUUGGUGCCCUGAGACCCCAGAUGUCUUUUUCGGAGGAGACUCUUAGGGGCAAAGAGGAUAUGCGUGGACUCGAGUCGUUUAUGGCCUGGUUUUCAGGACCAGCCAAUAAGGAAAUCAGACGGGUAGCUGGAUUCCUCCCCAGCGAAGGGGAUGUGGUGGAUGAAGACUCACUCGAGAAAGAGGAUUACUUGACUGCCUUAAAGAAGAAGCACAGCAAAACCGGCGAGGAAUCACGGUACCAAGGUACUGUCCUCGGAAAAAGCGGAGAGUUGCAUCCCAUUGUCAUAGAGGGCGGAGCUCAGAGUAUAAAAGCUUGGGGUAUGCAGGUUCGAUCGGGAGAAGCGAGCACCGAGGCCGCCUCAUCCGUCAUGAGCAGUGUCCCGAGCAGUCUGUCAGAUGUGGCGGCAAUGGAAAUAUGAGCACCCCGCAUACAUCGAUAAGGUCCAUCUGAACACAUCUUGCCCGUGUCGACUUGCGCAGCCUUUUUAAGAAACUCGUACGUACGAACUUCCUGGAAAAACAUCAUUAGAACUACCAACGGACCUGAUUCGAGCAAUAACUGCGACCCACAAAAUGGCAAUUCUGGUCAGCAUGAGGGAAGGAAACCUCCUAAUAAUCCGCCAGCAGCAUUUAUCUGCCAUCAAAGGAAUUUCCAUCUAUUUUCGGGCUUGCUUGGUCGGAAUAGUGUAGCGGAGGAACAGCAAGGGGGUUAAUCGUCACCAAAAUUCUUCUCGCAAAAACCAGUGAGAUAGGAGACAAAACAUGUGUUCGGGUACCGCAGUGGUAUUCCAUCUCCUACCCGGCCGCAAGCGCAGAGAGUGAUACUGGGGAUAGGCUGUUCUAAUGGGGGCAACGAAGGUCAGGGAUGCUAUAUAUAUUAGCAUAUCCCCCCACACCCCGGGCGUAUGCAACCAUUUACUGGAUGGAUACCAGAAAUCUCCAAAAUGUCUUAUUGGGAGCACCCCUCGACAUACCAGCAGCACACUGGCAGACAAGCGGCUAGUUAUAUUUUAUAUAAACAUGCUGAAUCUUGUUCCUAUAUUUUUCAGUGAAUCAAUUCAUAAUAUUGACAUACAG